GUUGGGAAUUAAAGAAACCAAAUGACUUCACAGAUGUCUAAGCUCUGAUUGGUCUCUCAGUGGCCACCUUUCUUGGAGAUGGGUUUAAAUUCCUUCUACAGACACAGCUCAUCAAAGCAUAAAAAUUUCCAGCACCACAGAAACUUGGAUUUUGAAUACUGUUUCACUUGUACGUUUGGCCUACUAGAGAGAAAGGUAGAAAUUUGAAACAUGAAGACUACAUUCCUGCUGUUUUGUCUUCUAGGAUCAACUCACACAUUACCUAUGCAGCUCAACCCUGCAUUGGGACUUCCUCCAUCAAAGUUGGUUCCAGACCAGGCAACACUACUAAGCCAGCCACAGCCAAAUCAGGUCUUCCCUUCUUUAAACCUGAUACCACUAACACAGAUGCUCACUCUGGGGUCAGACCUGCAACUGCUAAAUCCUACUGCAGGUAUGACACCUGGUCCCCAAACCCUCCCACUGACCUUGGGAGGCCUGAAUGUACAGCAACAACUACAGCCACAAAUGUUACCCAUAAUUGUAGCACAACUUGGAGCCCAGGGUACAAUCCUAAGCUCAGAAGAAUUGCCAGUGGCCUCACAAAUUUUAGGCCUCCUCUUCCAGCCCUUACUCCCAGGAUCCAUCCUGUCCACCAGUAAGGCUAAUCCAGACACACAGAAUGGAAUCCUUCCCUCAGGACAAGUAGGAGCGAACCCAGCUAUCCAGGAAGACACAGAGGCCCCCUUCUCAACUCCCAGUGGCAUAGAUGAUGACUUUGGAAUGACCACCCCUGCAGGCAUCCAAAGAGGCUUGCAGCCUACCGAGGAAACCACCACAGGGUCCCCAAAUGGUAAGUGUCCUGGGCCAUGAAAGUCACCUAAAGAAGGACAAACUUCUUUGGCUUUACAAAAAUAAAGUC